AUGAGAACUACAGUGGCAUCUGAAUAUUCAGCAGAAGUUCAUCAUGUUCCAAUUGAACAUAGAUUCAAUCCAUAUUCUGAUAAUGGUGGUACAGUAUUGGGAAUUGCUGGUGAAGAUUUUGCUGUAUUAGCAGGAGAUACUAGACAAGUUGAAGGUUAUUCUAUUCAUACAAGAUAUCAACCAAAAGUAUUUGAUGUUGGUGAUGAUAUAAUUAUGACAGCCAAUGGAUUUGCUGCUGAUGGUGUGGCUUUAAUUGAUAGAUUUAGAAAUCAAUUAAAAUGGUAUAAAUUUGAUCAUGGUGGAAAGAAAUUGAAUAUUAAAAGUGCUGCUAGAUAUAUUCAACAUUUAUUAUAUGGUAAAAGAUUUUUCCCUUAUUAUGUUCAUACAAUCAUUGCUGGAUUAGAUGAAGAUGGAAAAGGUGCAGUAUAUUCUUAUGAUCCUGUUGGAUCUUAUGAAAGAGAACAAUGUAGAGCUGGAGGUGCUGCUGCUAGUUUAAUAAUGCCAUUCCUUGAUAAUCAAGUUAAUUUUAAAAAUCAAUAUGAACCAGGUACUGAUGGUAAAAAGAAGAAAGAUUUAAGAUACUUAAAGUUGGAAGAAGUAUUGGAAUUAGUAAGAGAUGCAUUUUCUUCAGCUACUGAAAGACAUAUAUAUGUUGGUGAUGGUUUAGAACUCUUAAUUGUUACUAAAGAAGGUGUGAGAACUGAAUAUUACCCAUUGAAGAGAGAUUAA